GACGACGGCAAGGACGGCGAGAGGAGCCCCCCUCGUGCAACUAGGUAUCACAUGUCCUACAUCGGGGUGGAUAGCCGUCAUGACAGUCGUAGGCAUGCGUGCGUCUAGAUCCGGCUCCCUGUUUUCCCCUCUCUCUCUCUCUCUCUCUCUCUCUCUCUCUCUCUCUCUGGUCGUCAUCUCUCGCGGCUGCAUCUCUCAUGCGUGCUCGCCGCCGAGUCCGGCGAGAGCGGGCGCGCCGACCAGCGCGAUCGACCGCGGCGACGUCGCACGGCAUCGCUGCGCAGCAGCGCGAUCGACGAUUUGCGGCGGCUAUCGCGGGAGGCUAGCCUGCGAUGGGCGCCAGCGCGGUGGCACACAUAAAUACCUAGGGGGAGGCACGCAGAUGCAUCCUUCGUGCGAGACGUGCCUCUACGUCUGGUGGCUCCGUGGUGCCGCAGCGGCCACCGAGCGAGAAGACGAUUUGCCUGCGCUACCCGGCAUCUCCUCCAAAGGGGGCAGGCCAGUACCCCCUAAUGUCAAGCCCGGAGAUGCUGCUGCUGCCUCAGCCCUGCGUAUUAGCAGGUAGGCAGGCGGUUUUAGAAACUAGCGAACAGAGCCGUAGUCAGUCCUUUACGACGUAGACAAGUGCACGCGUGCGCGGCAAUGCUGAUGAGAAAAAGUCUCGACGGAAUUAAGGACGUAGACAUCUCGCGAACAGGUCCUCGUAGUGACACCACAGG